GCGAAACCGGAAGUAAUUUGGAGCGAUUCCUCUUGUUCCUCCCGGCUACAAUUUGCUCGUGGAAAUAACAGUAGCAUCAAACAAGGGAUAACCUAAGGAUGGAAGAAUUUGAAGAUGCUGAAGCUCCUCCUGUGGGUGAACUGGUCCAAUGUAAUACUUGCAAAAGAUGCUUCUUCCCGAAAGUUCUGGAAAAACAUGCAAAAAUCUGCCAAAAGACAGCAACUAAAAGGAGGAAGGUUUUUGAUUCCAGUAGACAGAGGGCAGAGGGUACAGACAUCCCCGUACUCAAGCCUAUCAAACCAAAGUCACAAAGCUCAGCUGGCUGUCAGAAAGCAGAGCCACCGAAGAAGCCGUCCAACUGGCGCAAGAAGCACGAGGACUUCAUCGCCACCAUUCGGGCUGCCAAGUCACUCACUCAAGUCAUGAAAGAGGGGGGGCCCUUACCCCCACCUCCCCCCCCUUCGUAUGACCCAGAUUACAUCCAGUGCCCAUACUGUCAGCGGAGGUUCAAUGAGAGUGCUGCCGACAGACACAUUAAAUUCUGUCAGGAACAAGCUGCCCGGAUACCCACCAAAGGCAAGUUAGGCGAUCCCAAGAAGACGCCGGGUCGCACACAGUACAAGCCUCCUGCUUCUGUAAAGAAGACCAACCCGUCUCCGGCGUCCUCCAUUCCUUCAGCCACUUCUCGUUUACCCCAGAGGUCAGGCCUUGGACAGUCCACCGGAAUCCCUUCAAAUAAAGCCCCUUCAGCAGGUUCAGUCCAGAGUAAUACCUCCGGCAUCACAAGUCCUCCAUCAGGUGUGGGAAACAAGACCCGUGCACCGAACUACGGAUCCGCGAGGAACUUCCAGCCGGGAGCAGGAGUCAACAGGAAGAAGGCUGAUUCUUUCAUGUCAAGGAAUGACGUGGAUGGCACAAAUGAAGUUGGCAAUGGCGGAAUGAAGAGCAAGUUCUGUCACGCCUGUGGGACCAAAUACCCCGUUGAAUCUGCAAAGUUCUGCUGCGAGUGUGGGGUGAGGAGGAUGUGUAUCGGAUGAGCGCACGGGGAAGCUGGGAUGCGCCGGUUCUACAGUUACAGAGCAGAUCACUCCACCAAACUGAUGAGGGUUGAAGGAAAAAACAAACUCUAUCCUUUCUGUUUUUAUUUCUCCACUUAUUAAAUAUAUAAAUAUAUUUGCCAGUUGAGCAGUGCUGAGUUUUGACAUGAGCAGCAAAGUCUAAAGCUGUCAAAAAUUUAAGAUAAUACUCAAUCACUUCCACAAGCUAUUCAAGAUGAAUUGAGCUCAUGAAGUUUGUGCACAAUGGUUACCAAGGUUUCUUUUGCUAGCAACAGGGCUGGAAAUGACUGAAACUCAAAGAUGUAGUGUAUAUAUGAACUUAGGAAUAAGCAAAUAGUAACUAAAUAUUGUUUAAGUGGGAUGAUUAGUCCUUUCUGGAGCUUAAGAGGAGAGAGGAGCGGACAGUUAGGUUGUUGAACAGUCAAGAAAUGUAAGAUGGGUGUAACUUCCUCAAUGAUUUGACCUUAAUCUGAAUGCUGUCACUGAUCCUGUUGACUUUCUUGAACAAUGCAUUCUCACUAAAGUGCAAUAUAAUUGACUACUGAACAAGCAAUGUUUUUCAAAAGGAAAUGGAAUGCAUUUUCUUUGUUUUUGUCUCACCAACUUGUUCUGACAGUAAAUAAUUCCUUAGAGAGGUAACGAUCGUGCUCUCAGUGCUCCCGUUGUCAUCUGUUAUCACAGACUAAAUUCAAAGGACUCUUGUUGUCAAAUGUAGCCUUUGUUUUGUUUUAUACAAUGAACUAUUUAUUUUCCUGUUCCAUUUCAUUUUAACUGACUGAACGACUGCCUAUUUUCUUACAUUUUGAUUUGACAUCUUACAGAACCAAAUGGGUGAGUGUGAUUUUGACACGCUUUUCUUGAAAUAAUAAUCGAUGAAGUCUGAGCUUAAUGCAUUACUGUUUGUAGGAGUCUGAAAGCAGGGCAACACUCCCAAUCUGGUUUUGGUUGAAGUCUCUGCUUAAUCCAUGUAAGGGUUCUUAAAGAGGGUUGACUAUGAAAAUUCUCUCCUGAGGGAACGUCAUAAAUCUUGAAGUCGUCCGAACGUUGGCCGAGAUUUGAAUACGUUUUUUGUUUUUGUUUUUUUUAA